AUGUCAACUAUUGUAACUGUUGAUUCAUCACGCACUUACUCCAUAAGUCCUCCUCCUCCUUCUUGCACCACAUCAUCGUCUCGAUCUCCAUCUCCUAUAUCUUCAACCUCCUCCACUUCGUCAUCAACCUCAUUUUACCAGACAUCAUCUGCUACAUCAUCAACUGAUACUUCGGCAACCUCGUCAACUGAUUCACUAGAUACAGUCAAAUCCUCAGCUUCUGUUUCAACCGUCAAAUUGUUUCCAUUUUCAUCAUCAUCAUCUCCACACGCAUCAAAAGUGGUUGCAUCUUCAUCUUCGGAUUCCAUCACCAUCCCAAUACUGCGUACACCAACACCACCUCAAACAACAGAACCUUCACCUUCAUUACUGCAGGAUACAUCAACACAGCCAUCGCAACGGCAAACAAAGCCAAAGUUUAAACUUCCAAACUACUAUGUACCACCAGCUAAACUAGUCCAUCCUGCAGUUACUGUUGCCGUGUCUCCGCCAUCACCCCCACCACAACAACCUCUUCCACAACCCAAAUCAUUGUUGCAGCUGGCUGCUUUCAACACCACUCCUUCUACAGCUAAACCACCACUAUUGCGCAAGAAAUCGGGUGAGUUGAUCAAGUCUUCACUUAAACUACCUGCAUUACUCCAACGUUCCAUCUCAUCUCCACAUAUUUCAACUGAUGGCGAAGUUGGUGGUAUUGUUUCGCCACGUAAACUGGUUAGAUUUGCUUCAAGAUUAAUCAAUGUUCGCAUGUUUGAUGGCUGUGAUACACCUGCUUCUGUUUCAAGUGCUGGUUCACCUUUGGAUUCACCCGAUGAAGAUGAAGAGGAUUAUUUCUAUGCCAACAGGAACAGGGCCCCCAAGUUUGGUUCAGGUUUUGCCACUGAUGCAUUUGAUUUAUCAGCACCUGCUUAUAUCGACGAUUUUGAAUUUAGCAAGUUUACCAAUAGGACAACAAACUUUGAUUGGGACUUCAAUGUUGCUCAGCCAAAGGAGGAAAUUAAGCAGUAUAGAUUGACUUCACACAAUAUUCCAUCUACUGGAAACCAUUUGUACAGCACCACAUCUCAGUCACCAUCACCAUCACCAUCACCCGAUUCAUCAAAAGUCUGGAUGACCUCAGCGUACUUGUUGAAAGUAAACAACAAGACAUUUUUAUGUGGAUGGUUAAAUGUCGUAAACAUUGCAUUUACAAAGGAGAUCAAUUUGAAGUUGACAAUUGACAAUUGGGCCACUAGUAUUAUAGUUGGUGGGAUCACAAAGUACCAAAAGAGUCUUGAUCCAAACUUGGAUCAGUUUAAGUUUAUGUUGGAUCUCGAACUGUUUAAUAUUGUUGAUGAAAAGACUAUUGAAUUGUGUCUUGAGUACCACACUAAUGGUCAAACGUUUUGGGGUAAUAAUGGACAACAAAAUUACAAAUUUCACAUUGAGAGAAAGGUCAAUAGACAAGUUCCAGUGCAGCAGCAGCAGCAACAACAACUGCAACAACUGCAAAUUCCACCACAGCAAAGACCCAGUCUGAGUCUGGGACUGAGACUGAAGGUUAAACUGAAGCUGGCCAACGCUCUCAAUUCAUCAGGAUAUGAAGAGAUUUGUAACAAGUUGCUCAAUCAUAAAUCCACAUUGGCAUUGAAUUUCACAAACGAUGAGUUUUCAUUCAGACCAAGCUUGAAAAAGAGUUUUUCUACAAGUGAUGUCACAAGUGCUACUGGUGAUUCCAACUCUUUUGUUUCUGGAAAGUAUUCAAAUAGACAGCGCCAAAAACAAGGCGGUCAUAUGACUGGUGGAGCUGAUAAUGCAGGUUCUGGAAUCAAGGAUAUGACGUAUGCUGAUAUUUUACAAAAGUAUUGUUUUGCAGGAACAACGCCAACAACAGCCACUACAUCAACAGAAGAUGCCACGACUAGUAAUGCGACAAGUAUGUCUGCUGCCGUAGCUAGUACACCUCGUAGUAGUGGUAGUGCUACUGCAAUUUCAGCUGGAUUGGUUGCUAGCGCGCCAGCUAGUGCACAUUCGAGUCCAAUGUUGGGAUCACAUUCACCAGUGAGCAAUACUGUCACCACUACACAUAAUCCAACAAGCAUCUUUAUCUGA